AAUUGCGAACACCGUCGCAUUAUUACCGAAGAAAAGGAAGGGGAAGAAAACUCUAAUUCAAGACGAGAAGGAAAACGACAACUGAAAACGACGAAAUCAGAAUCGAAUUGCGAAAUUUCGAUCUCUAUUUCGUUUGAUUCUGCACAGUUCUUCCUCUUGGAGAACUCUUUUAUCGAUACUUUUUGUUUUUCUCCCUGUUCAUCUGAUUUAAUCUCAUCCAACGAAGUUCCGACUCAUAUCUCAGAUGGCAUGGGGGAACAUCUACAGAAGAAGAAUGAAAGUGUUCACUCUGGCUUUAGUGAUUUACCUGGAUUAUAAGGCAUUAGAACAAAGAGAGAAGUGGAUUAGUAAGUCUAAACGAGCAGCCUUAUGGGAAAAAGCACACGAACGCAAUGCAAAGCGCGUAUUGAGUUUGAUAAUAGAGUUGGAAGGUUUGUGGGUGAAAUUUGGACAGUAUUUAUCUACUCGAGCAGAUGUUGUCCCUGAGGCAUACAUACGCCUCCUCAAACAGCUACAAGACUCUCUCCCUCCUCGCCCUUUACAAGAGGUUCGCCAGACCAUACAGAAAGAGUUGGGGAAACCAACCACUGAUAUAUUUACAAACUUUGUGGAAGCACCCUUAGCAACUGCAUCUAUAGCCCAAGUGCACCGAGCAACUUUCCUUGAUGGAAGGGAGGUGGUUAUCAAAGUGCAACAUGAGGGCAUAAAGACAGUUAUAUUGGAGGACUUGAAGAAUGCAAAGGCGAUUGUUGAUUGGAUAGCCUGGGCAGAGCCACAGUAUGACUUUAAUCCCAUUAUAGAUGAAUGGUGCCGAGAAGCUCCCAAAGAACUUGAUUUCAAUCUUGAAGCUGAGAACACGAGGACAGUAUCUAGAAAUCUUGGCUGCUCGGCUGGCGAUAAAGGCCUUGGCACUGUGAAUGUUUUUAUUCCGGAAGUUGUUCAGUCAACAGAGAAAGUUCUAAUUUUAGAGUAUAUGGACGGCAUACGUUUAAAUGACUCUGCUAGUCUGGAAGCAUAUGGUAUUGACAAACAAAAAGUUGUUGAAGAAAUCACACGGGCUUAUGCACACCAAAUUUAUGUUGAUGGAUUUUUCAAUGGCGAUCCCCAUCCCGGGAAUUUUCUCGUCAGCAAGGAACCUCCUCAUUGUCCAAUUUUGCUUGACUUUGGGCUCACAAAGAAAUUACCGACCACCAUGAAACUAGCACUGGCAAAGAUGUUUUUGGCCGCUGCAGAGGGUGACCAUGUUGCUCUUCUAUCUUCCUUUGCUGAAAUGGGACUUAAGUUGCGUCUUGAUAUGCCAGAGCAAGCAAUGACGGUGACAAAUGUAUUCUUUCGAGCGACAACUGCUGCCAAAGAAUCACAUGACACCUUUAGAGCUAUGACGGAGCAAAGAUCAAAGAAUGUGAGAGAAAUACAAGAAAAAAUGAAAAUGAAUCAAAAGGAGGCUAAACGUUUCAAUCCUGUUGAUGCAUUUCCUGGUGAUAUUAUAAUAUUUGCACGGGUCCUUAAUCUUCUAAGAGGUCUUUCUUCCUUGAUGGAUGUUCGCAUAGUAUAUCUAGAUAUCAUGAGACCGUUUGCUGAAUUUGUUCUACAAGGAAGUAUUAGCAAGGAGCCAAACGUAAAUGAUCAAUGGAUCUGGAAAACACCUGUUCAUUCUGAUGUUGAAGCUAAGCUGAGACAACUCUUAAUCAAGCUAGGGAAUGAGGAUAAAAUACUUGGAAUCCAGGUGUGUGCCUACAAAGAUGGAGAGGUCAUUAUUGAUACUUCUGCUGGGUUUCUGGGGAAAUAUGAUCCUCGUCCAGUUCAGCCCGAUAGUCUUUUUCCAGUGUUCUCUGUAACAAAGGGCAUCACAGCUGGAAUGUUGCAUUGGCUAGUUGAUAAUGGGAAACUUAACCUUGCAGAAAAUGUUGCUAAUAUGUGGCCAGAAUUUGGAUCAAAUGGUAAAGAUAUAAUAAAGGUCUACCACGUGCUUAACCACACUUCAGGUCUUCAUAAUGCCUCGGUGGAUGUUAGGGAAAAUCCUUUGGUAAUUUGUGACUGGGAGGAAUGUUUAAAUUGCAUGGCUAAUUCAACGCCAGAGACCGAACCUGGCCAGGAGCAGUUGUAUCACUAUCUAUCCUAUGGCUGGCUAUGUGGUGGAAUCGUUGAGAAUGCAACGGGGAAGAAAUUCCAAGAGAUUCUUGAAGAAGCAUUAGUUAAGCCACUCCAUGUCGAAGGCGAACUAUACGUCGGAAUCCCUCCUGGAGUUGAAACUCGUCUUGCAACAUUAACACCAAACCUUGACGAUAUUCUAAAGUUCUCCGGGAUCAGUCGUUCUGACUUGCCCUCCACCUUCCAGCCAGCCAUGAUAGCCCAGUUUAUCACAACUUUAACACCUCUAUUUAAUAUGCUUAAUACUCGCCGUGCCAUUAUACCAGCCGCCAAUGGACAUUGCUCUGCUCGUGCAUUGGCACGUUAUUAUGCAGCCUUGGCCGAUGGCGGCGUGAUACCACCACCACAUUCCUCAUCCUCCCAACCAGCUCUCGGAAGCCACCCUCACAUCCCUAAAUUCACUUCUGAGAUUCCUAAGAAGCAGAAAGCUGCCAGAAGCAAGGACGUUGGUAACGUAAAUAACAACCACGAAAAGAAUUCAAGUUCCACCGAAACAGCUGAGAAUAAUAACAUCUUCAGGACUACUAGCAAUACUGGUUACACUAGACUCCUCAACGAUAGCAGCAGCAGUAGCAAUCUCAAUGAUCCCAGCACAAGAGUUGAUACAAGGCAUCCAAAUGAUGGAAAUAAAUUUGUAGGCAAAAUAUACAAAGACCCUAGAAUUCAUGAUGCCUUUUUGGGUAUAAGGGAAUAUGAGAAUUACACCAUUCCAAAUGGGAAAUUUGGUUUAGGUUUCUCAAGGUUGAGAUCAGAGGAUGGUUCUUUUAUUGGGUUUGGUCAUUCAGGAAUGGGUGGAUCCACAGGUUUUUGUAAUAUAGAUCACAGGUUCGCCAUCUCCGUAACCCUCAACAAAUUGUCUCUAGGGGGUGUGACCGCCAGCAUAAUACAGCUCGUUUGUUCCGAGCUGAAUAUCCCGUUACCAGUAGAAUUUUCCUCGCCUGGGAUUUCUGAUGGACAGCAUAGUAUAGUGGAAACUCCUUUGAUUAACUGAGGAUGAAAGAACAAAAUUUUCCAUAGUCAUACAACUUAUAAUCUUUGAUGUAACCCUCACUUAUAUAGCAUUUUCAUAAUCUCCAAAGUUGUCUUAUACCAAACUGUUACGAUAUCAAACGAUUAUAUAUAUAAUGCAGUAAGCGUAAUGAUAAUAUAAUUAGUCAAUAAGAUGAAAUUCAGAAACCCAUUACUUA